UUGGGCAGCAGAAACAGCAUGGCGGCCGAGGAGAGGAGGAGGACCGGAGGCUCCGCUAAAACCUCCAAAAAGGGAGGGAAACGUAUGAAGGCACUGACAGCUGAAGAAGAAGCAAGAAGGAGAGAGGAGGUGAAGGAGAGGCUGAGGGAGAAGCUGGAGUUGGAGAAAAGAGCACUGAAGGUGGUGGAGCGCCUCCUGGAGGACAGCGUGGCUGAGGACUUCCUGGUUGACUGCGCCAAGUUCAUCGCUCCAGCUAACUACAAAGACACUAUUGAGGAGAGAUCCAUUGCUAAACUGUGUGGUUAUCCCAUAUGUCCAAAUAAACUGGGCAAGAUCCCAACUCAGCAGUACAAGAUAUCUACGAAGACCAAUAAAGUGUACGACAUCACAGAGCGCAAGUGUUUCUGCAGUAACUUCUGCUAUAAAGCCUCCAAAGAGUUUGAGUUGCAGAUAUCAAAGACGCCGCUGUGGCUCAGGCAGCAUGAGAGUCCUCCAGAGAUUAAGCUGUUGAAGAAAGGAGACUGUGGGAGCUCUGGGGAGGAGGUGAAGCUGUCAGAGAGGUGUCUGAAAGAGGAAGACAUCGAGAACCCGCUGGCUGCUCAGCCCGAGGACCUCUCCACCUCCCAGCAGCGUCCUGCUGCAGCCGAACACAGCGACAGCAGCGACGGUGAACAGGAGCAGGACUUCGUCUCCAGUGUGGUCUCCCAGCAGCAGAGACCCCGAGUGCACUGGGGUGACCUGCCUAAACGCACUGAUGGAGACGGGAAAGGGGCACAAGGGGACAUGGAGAGGAGGAGUAAACAGGCCAGAAAGGGAUCUAAAGAGGAGAUGGAACUUUAUCAGCAACAGAAUACAGAGAAGGAAGGACAAACAAGGAAAGAGGUUAGAACUGAUGCUGAAAAACCCAAGCAGCUGCAUAGAACAAACACUGACCAGGCAGUGAAGGAACAGAAGGACUUGCCUGAUGAAGCCAGUGUGGAAGAGGCCACGGCUAAACUAAAUCUGUGUAGUUUAUCCGAGACGGUCAAUCACAACAUCUCCCUGCCAGUUGAAUCAACACCGCAGGGAGAACACACGCCUUCCCUCACCUCGCCUUCAGUUAUAGAGUCGAAACCCCCAACAGAAAGCAAACGCUUCCCUUCUUCAGCUAACCAGAACAGCCACAACACAGCAUUAGCAAACCAAGCAGGCCUCAACAUCACCCAGGUGGGUAUGAGCAAGAGAGGGGCGGCAGGGCUGCGAGAUCUACUGAAGACCCACGCUGGUGAGGCCAAACCUGACACGCUGCAUCUGAAUCUUCUCGAGGGUCUGAGAGCAACGCUGAAGGAAUGGUGCACUGACGAGACCUUGAAGUUUUUGUAUGGUGCCGAUCAUUCGCUGGGUUCUCCAUUUGUUGAUGUGCAAGAAGAAAAGGAGGAGGUGGAGGAUGAGUUGGAUGAAGAUGAUCUAGAGGAUGACGUGAUUGAUGCCGGGGAACAGAAGAAGUUGUCGGCUGCUGCUCCAGACUACGAGACGCUGAAGAGGGACACCCAGCAGCUGGAGCUCCGGGUCAGCGAGUUUUAUAAGGGGACGUGGGUUCUGCCAGAGGAGGUGCAGGAGGUGAAUGGAAACCCGGUGACGGUUCAGGACCAGAGGACGAAGGAUCCAGUUCUGCCACUCAUCGACUCCCAAGCUCAGCACCUCAUUCAGAAGCGCAUCACGGUGGAGAAGCUCACCAGCUGCCUCAGGAACAUCGUAGGUCCCCUGCAUCUCACCGUGAGCGACGUCUCCACCGACCUGAACAACCUGGUCCGAACAUUCAGGUUCACCAACACCAACAUCAUCCACAGAGCUCCAGAGUGGACCCUCCUGGCUGUGGUGCUGCUACAUCUGUUGUCAGAAGUGUCUCCGUUGGUGCGAGAAGCCUUGGAGACGUCGGCCUCAGUGGAGUACCUGAACACGCUGAUGGAGGAGCUCGGUGUGCAGGAGCAGGACCUCCUGAGCUUAGUCCAGCCUUUUAAAACCCCCCAAAAACUCACAUGACUCAUAGGUAGAGACAUGUGAAUAACAAACAUACACCCACAACCCUGGACUCUGUGGUGAUGAUGCAGUUUCUGUACUGUCUGUUUUGCACAAAUAAACUUGGUUGUAAUAAAAACA